CUCUCUCUCUCUCCCGCCCCCUCUCCCUCUCCAACACUCCCAACUUUCUCCCCUCUAUUAAGUUCCAAGCUUCUUUCAAUCUGAAGUGAACAACAUAUUCCAAACAGGUGUUCCAGUAUCUCCCAUCUUGUCUACUCCCAUACUGAACCAUCCAUCUCUCUCUCCCCUUUCCUCCUCCCGUUCUCCAUUCUUCAUCCCCACAUCCACUUCUGAACUGCUGUUAUCUCUACCUUCCUUCUGUCUUCAACCUUCCUUUCUUCUUUGUGGGGUUCACCCCCUUUCAAUUAUUUCCCUGCUUCUCUCUCUUCACCCUCUUUCCCAUCCUCUUCCCUCUUUCCCUCUCUUCCUCUCUCCAUCCGGGCCUCUGUCGGCCUCUGGUAGAGGUCACCAUGUGGGCCAACUACAUUGUCCAGCCGGAGGAGGAUGGCCGUAUGGGGGUGGUAGGAGCAGGGCCCCAUGGGGGCCUGGCAGGGGUGAAGGGAGUUGGGCGUGCUACCAGGCGGACCCCUAGGAUGAGUGACAGCCAGGAGGGGAAGAUCAAGCUGGCGUUCUUUGUGGCCAUUGUGGGCGUGACCCUGACAGUGCUGGGGGUGGGAACAGAGUUCUGGGUGGAGCUGGCCACGCCCAAGACCUGGAGUAACAACCAGACGUGUCAGACAGCCCACUACGGCCUGUGGAAGGGGUGUACCCGCACCCUGUGGGUGGACGACAUCAACCCCGAGAGAGAGAGCUGUGGCCCCGCUGACCUGCCCGGAGAAUCCAACUGCACUUACUUCAAAUUCUUUACCAAUGGAGACAACGCAGUCAUAUUUAUGAAGACAACCCACAAGAACCUGAACAUAGCGGCUGCUAUCCUAGCAAUGAUAGCUCUGUCUAUGAUGGUGAUGGGAGCAAUCUGUAUCACCAUGUCCCUCAGUAAAGGAGUGCCCUUCUUCCUCAAGCCCGCCUCCUUCUGCUUCAUCCUAUCAGGUCUACUGGUCCUGCUGUCUAUACUGGUGUUUCACCAGUCAGUGCUGGCCCUGUUGUCAUCUGACCACUCCAUACCACUCCACCACGAGCUCUCCUGGUCCGUUGCCUGUGUGGGCUUCGCUGGGGCCAUCCUCAUCAUGGGGGGGAUCCUUUUCCUGAUCCUCUCCCUCCCUUAUAGCCCAUGGGAAAAAUGUCUGCCUCAACGCAACAGCAGCACUACCUAGCAAAAUGGGAGGCCCAAAAGCUGUGGGGAUAAAAUUGAGUUUUAUAUCAGGAUCGCAAUCAAACUCCAGUCCUCGAGGGAAGCACUGUCUACUGGCUUUAGUUGUCAAGUAUAAAUCAGACACUGAUCAGAACAAUUACAACCAGUAGACACUGAUGCCACCCAGGGGUUGAGUUGGAGACCCCUGUUUAUAUUGUCAGUUAUAUUGUCAAACUAGACUGAAAGACUGACUAACUUGUAGGUCGACACAGUGUUUACUUAAUGCAAUAACAAUGAUGCUCACUAACUGUGCCUAGAACUUUACAAGCCUGCCCUAAAGCCUGCGACCUUACCAGAAAACACUACGUAGACCACAACUUCUCCACGUUUUGGCAUCAUGACCAACCUAUAGCUUUUAGAAGUUUCUGAUGACCUACCAAAGAACAAGCAAUGUUUCUAAGCAGAACCCGGUCUUUACCAGGGGGGUAAUGCUGGGUUAAACAAAACCAAAGCAUGGAUUGAUGUCUUAACGUGUCCAUUGACUGUUAACAGGGUAAGGAAACCAAUAUGUCAUUUAGUUAUUGAACUAGUUCUUUAAACACAACGCCAACCACACUGUAGUUGUAGAUAAAGACCCAGCAGUGGGGUGCAGCAUCCUGUCUGUACUAUGAACUAUGUACUAACCAUUACUUAUUGAUAGUGUUACUUAGCCAAUGAAAUGGUAACAUGGUAACCAUGGUAACAUGUAGGUCACUACCGUUGCUAAGGGAGGAGAUGCUAUAUUGUUUCCAGGAAGUGGCAUUGCCAUCACUGCUACAUGAAACGCCUUGCAGGUUGUCACUAUUAAUCUAUUAUGAAUGAUUAUGACGUCUUACACUUAAUACCUAUAAAUAAUAUAUGAUCUAUUUAUUAUCUACACAUUGUCCACAUGAAUGAAUGCUGUUUUUACGUAAGAAUGUGUGAAUGAUUUAAUGUAUGUAUGGAAGAUAAAGAUUUAUAUUUGAGAGUGUAUUGUAUAGACUCACUUUACAAGCACAGCUCUGUAUAUAAAAUAUGUGUUUGUAUUUGAUUUAUACCUGCACACUGUAGCCUUUUGUUCAAGCUUAGGGGGGUGUUUUUAGUUUUUAGCUUAUUCAAACCCUUUUUUCAUCAUGUGUUUUAUUUGUCAUAAUAAAGCCCACCUUGUCUUUCUCUACCUACAUGUUUGUUUGGGGAAAUGCACAUUGUGCAUAAAUGGUCCUAUGAUCAUAUGUAUGUCUCACUGGGUUUGCUUUUGAAAUAAAUAGACUUGACAUAAGAAAUGCUCUCGUACUU